GCUGGAAUGAGGCAAUGGCCAACCAGAGACCAGACUGAGUGGGAGUGGGACAGAAAGUCCUGUUGGGAGAAAUACUCUCUAAAGAGUUUCAGUCUGAAGUCAACAUCUGGAUAUCCUGAGAUGACCAGCUGGUUCUGAAUGAGUGUCAGCCAAUCAGGCUCUGAAAAGAGGCCAAGAGUUGAUGAUGGCGUCACAAUGAAGACUCGCCAAUAAGAAAAAAACUUGUUCUGGCUUUAAAUACCACUCGAUGGGUAAGCACUUGUCUGAUUGAAUGCUUAUUUCACUGCAAGGACUUUGAUUGCCUGGACUAUUUUUAAACUGGAAAUGAUGUAGCUGGGUCCUGAUUGGUGAGUCCUGCUGGCAGAGGCCAAUGAUUGACAGAAGAUGUCCAUGAGCGUAAAGAAGAAGAAGUCAUCCUCUGUGCUUUCUGACGCCGCCUCUCAUAAUCAUUCUCAGCGCUAUCCUUCUUCGACCCCUCCACUACCUCUCAGGUCUCUGCAACUCGUUGCUAGGCAACCACAGGCACCUGUUGUGCUGCGGGAGCAUAAGAAGGCCAAAGGCCAGGCUUCGGCAAUCAGGGAGUCCUGGCCGCGCGCCUCAGCAACAGCCCACCACAGAUCCCUGACCCCACCCUCCAGAGUGCAUUCAGUUGCAGAAACUCGGCAGCGGCCCUCCAGCAUACCAAGAUCAGACAUCGUCUCAAUAGCUCCGGCCACCUCAGUCUCCCAGAAUCCUCUGCUUCCUGCAGCCUGUCCUCAUCGGUCAGUUCCUGCUAGAGCUACGCCCAAUGGGCGAGGUUCCAAUUUAACCAUGAUGUCACUACUGCUGUUUUACCACAGUUCUUCCAGUCUUUUGGGCAUUGACGGUAAAAUUGAGCAGGCAAUGGAUCUGGUAAAGAGUCACCUGAUGCUGGUGGUGCGUGAAGAGGUGGAGCUUUUACGAGAACAACUGAGAGAACUGCAGGAGAGGAACCAGCAGCUGGAGAGAGAAAACCACAUCCUGAGAACGCUGACCCACAACAUCUACUCACCAACAGGACACAGAAUAUCUCAAUAAUAUUCUCAUAUUCAGUCUGAAAUUAAUUGGGCAGUAACAGUUUCCUUAUCUGAAGUAGAAAAAGUCAUGCAGUAAACAACUGAUAGAGUAUUCAGAUGAUGGAAGGCUAACAGCUAGUCAGAUAAAAGGCUAGUCCACUUUUCAGCUGAUAUUAAACUGGUACGCUAGUGCGAUACAGUGCGGCAAUGUCAAAUUUUAACUUUUUGCACUUUCACUGAUCCAUACAUUGCUUAACGUGAAGAUCAGCUGGAAUUUGUAAAUGAGGAAAAAACAGUAAUCUCUAAAGGGUUUUAGCGUUGCCUGGAAAAGCACUGGAACAUACUAUGUCUUAUGCCAUUGUGCAGCUUGUCCUCAAAUCUAAAACCAGAAGUUCACUCUACUUUUGUCAGAAUUAGAUUAACGGAGUGUGCUGAUGAUUCACGGCCCAGGUAAUUUUUGCGUGUUGAGACAAAUACAGUUCAGAACAGCAACAAACUUUACAACAGGGUAAUGCAAAACUCUGAAGGGUUAAUAACCACUAACAUUUUGCUGCUUCCUACUUUUACAACCAUUUUAAUUUUCAGCAUGAUUGUUAUAACUGGCUCAAAUUAAGAUGACUUCCUGUAAUCUGACGUUCUCUUGGACUUUCUACAAACUCAGAGCAAUACAACAUCUGUCCAGAGCAGAUAAACAUCACAGAACCUGACUUAAAAAAAAAUCUGAACCAUCCCUUGACAAAAAUUGAUCCAUUUCCAGGUGAAUGGAAGACCAACCUACAGCUACCCAGUGACAAACUUUUUCUGCAUUCUUUAGAUUUGCUUUCAAAUCAACUUGUUUAUGAAAUUCUCAUGACUCACUGAACUCAAACAAACCUAAAAAUGACAGAGAAACUCUGAAACUUCAUGUGCUGUUUUUAAUAAUUACAUGUCAAUAGUUUUGCUUACCACCCUCAUGUACAGGGGAAAAGUUCACAACACCUGAAUGAGUGCUUGGUGCUAAACCAACUGUGUUGUCAUGGUAACAUGUUUGACAGACUCACAUUUUGACAGCAGGACUUGUUGCUGCUGCUGCUAGAAAGACAAUGAUUAUAAAGAAUUAUAAUAUAUAAAUAAAUUAAUGAAGUAUAAUUAUC